UGCCUGCAAAAGCGCCCGCGGUGGGCUGCAAGGGGCAUAUCUCCGACAACAGGGAAAGGCCCGGGGCCAGAGAGACCCCUGGGCAUCCUGGGAAGGGCGUGGGCUCUGUGUUGAGCAGGGGCGUCCAGAACCUAAGCCUGGUCUAGGCAUCCAGGAGAGGAACGCAGGCUAGUGCACCCGAGAUGCGGUGGGAGAACACACCCAGAGGCGGAAGCGGCGCGCGGAGACCCCCAGGGGGCGCCGGAAGGGGCGCGCUGGGCGGUUGGUCGCGGCCGGGGCGGUGGCCGUUGGCAAUCAGCGGCCUGGGCCAGGCGAGGUCAGGCGUCUGGCCAGGCCGCGGCCACCAUGACCAACGGCUCGCCCAGCUCUUUGGGCGGCGGCCGUGCGACACCCAAGAAGCCGGGUAGUCGGGGCCCAGCGGCUGCAGUACUGGAGGAACAGAGGCGGGAGCUGGAGAAGCUGCGGGCCGAGCUGGAGUCGGAGCGGGUGAGCAGGCGGGCGGAGCGGCGGCGCUUCUCGGCCCAGGCGCGCCAGCUGCGGGAGGCGGCCGAGCGGGAGCGGCAGCAGCUGGUUGACCACCUGCGCUCCAAGUGGGAGGCACAGCGCUGCCAGGAGCUGCGGCAGCUUCGGGCGGAGGUACGGCGAGAGCGCGAGGCCGAGAUCCGGCAGCUGCUGCGCUGGAAGGAGGCCGAGAAGCGGCAGCUGCAACAGCUGCUGCACAGCGAGCGCGACGACGUGGUGCGCCAGGCCCGGGAGCUGCAGCGCCAGCUGGCCGAGGAGCUCGUGAACCGGGGUUACUGCGGCCGCGCGGGGGCGCCCAGAGUCGCCGUCUCACAGUGCCGCUGUCGCCUACAAGAAGUGCUGGCGCAGCUUCGUUGGGAGACCGACGGCGAGCAGGCCUCGCGCAUCCGCCACCUGCAGGCGGCGCUCGAUGUGGAGCGCCAGCUCUUCCUCAAGUACAUCCUGGAGCACUUCCGCUGGCACCCUGCUUUGUCCGGUCCCUUGGGACCUCAGGCCGGGCAUUUCUCUGAAGAGCCGUUCCCCAAGACCUUCGGGGACUCUCGAGGCCCCCCAAAGUCCGCCAGUCUCCUCGAAUCCCUCGACAGCGUGAGCGCUGGCUACCGCGCGCGCUCCCGCUCCCUGGACAUGGUGCGUGCGGCGUGCCCCAACUCUCCAGACAGCCUGCUCCCCAAGCGCGCCAGUUCCCUCAAUUCCUUGGCACCAGCGCGUUCCCGCUCGCUCGACAGCACCCUGAGUCGCCCCAAAGCCCCCGAAUGCCAGCCCCUUCGGGCCGCCUCUUCGCCAGCCGUCUCCAUCCUGGGCUCCCGGAAACCCCCGCCGCCGCCGCUACCAUCGCCACCACCACCGUCGGAGCACAGGGCCCCAGGCGACCCUCCACGAGAAGACGACUCCGGGAGCCAGCCCUAUGAGUCCCUGACCCCUUCGCCGCCUGUCCUGAACUACCACGAGCUGAUGAAGCGGAACUCAGAACUGUCUGAGGCGUUGCACGUGCGGGCACACCGCCGCUCCGGUCUGCACAAAAAGAACACGCCGCUGCGGCGCGCGGGCUUCCCCGACGCGGCCGAUGAGAAGGUGAAACGGCUUAAGGAGAAGCGCGCGGAGCUGACAGGCCUCGCGCAGCGCCUAGAGGACCGGGCCCGCAAGCUGCAAGACACCAACCUGCGGGCUGUGAGCGCUCCUGUGCUGGGCGAGACCUGCGCUGGCCUGGAGCUGUGCCAGGCUUUCGCCUGCCAGCGCGCCCGGGACUUGUCGGAGCAGGCGAGUGCGCUGCUGGCCAAGGACAAGCAGAUCGAAGAGCUGCGGCAGGAGUGCCACCUGCUGCAGGCGCGCGUCGCCUCGGGCCUCGCCAGCGCCCCGCACUCUGGGGUGGGUGUCUCCCAAGCCCAGUGGCUCAGUAUCAGCGACUUGGACCGGCGGCAGCGAGAGUCUCAGCGGGAGGUGCUGCGCCUGCAGAGGCAGUUGGCGCUCCAGCAGGCCACCAGCAGCACCCGCCCGAAGCCCGGUGGCCGCAGCGCACCCUGCGAGGAGGCGCGGGGCCAGGUGCAGGCCCUGGAGAGCGAGCUGGGAGCGCGGCGGCGCGAGUGCGAGGAGCUGAGCGCGCAGGCGGCGGCGGCGCAGCGGCGCGGCGAGGAGGCGGGGGCGCAGCUGCAGGCCGCUCAAUGCGAGGGCUCCUGGCUGGCCGAGGAGAAGGCGCAGUUCCAGGCCCAGGCCGACUGGACACAGAAGGUGGCGGACGAGAACAAGGACGUGUGCGAACAGCUGGGCCGCGCGUGCCAGGAGCGCGACGCCGCCGGCUUGCUAGCGGGGCAGCUGCUGCAGCAGGCGGCGCGCGGGCAGGACAGGCGGGAACAGCUGGAACACGACCUGCAGAAGGCGCCGUGUGAUCUGCAGGCUCCUCGGAAGGAGACGCGCGCCCUGCCGUGCCAGACUGGUCACGCGCCCCAGGAACCCGAGGGAGCCCCCCACGCCCUGGAGUUCCGAGUUGCGGGUAGUGGAAGGACCAAGUUGCAGCCAGGGCCUAAAGACCAAGCCCUGUCCCAGCCCGGCAGAGACCAAGUGGAGGAGAAGGCAGAGUCUCUGCUGGAGAGCCGAGCUGCCCUCAGGGAGCCAGCCAGCGACCCCCACGCGCCAGACAGCAUCCCAGACAGCCGGCCUUUGGACUCCAGGCCCCAGGCCAAGAAAGCUAGCUCCCAGUGGGACUCCUCCUCUGAGGUGGGGUCCGCGUGGGCAACUGUGCCAUCUUGCCCGACUCUGGACAUGGACACAGCCAGCAAGGUGGAGGAUCUAGAGCCUGAGAGUGUGUCCUUGACCCUGGAAAUGGGGGACUCAGAGGCUCCCCCCACCCCCCAGCUCAGGAUCUUCCUGGCUCGGUAUAGCUACAACCCACUUGAGGGACCCAAUGAGCACCCUGAGAGUGAGCUGCCCCUCACAGCUGGGGAUUAUAUAUAUAUCUUCGGGGACAUGGAUGAAGAUGGCUUCUAUGAAGGGGAGCUUGAGGACGGCCGGCGAGGACUGGUGCCCUCCAACCUGGUGGAGCAGAUUACAGACAACGACAUCCUGGGCUGCCUGCCCCCGACAUUCCCUGACCUUGGCCCCCCAUGGCUCCUGGCUGGGCAGGGCAAAGCUUCAAAGGAAAACACUGGGCAAAGCCUAUUGCCUGGGAAAGCCCAGGGAACUGUGGACAAGGGGCCAUGCCAGAUGGUGAGGGUAGGCUCCAAGACAGAAGUGGCGACAGAGCUCUCAGAUGCCAAGAUGGAAGAUGGCUGUCUGAACUCACUGAAUUAUGCACAGGAGCAGAGGUUCUCCAGAUCCCUUCUGGGGGCGAGAGGGAUCCUUUGUGUGGCCCCCAUGCAAUUACACCUGCAGAGAGUUGCAGCCACAUCAGCUGAGAUCAUCUGGGUACACAGCAGCAGCAGCAGCCAUGCCCACAUGGUAUACCUUGAUGACCAGGAGCAUGCCCUGACCCCAGCAGGGGUGAGCUGCUACACCUUCCACAGCUUGUGUCCUGGCACAAGGUACCAGGUGCGGGUGGAGGUGCAGCUACCGUGGGACUCACUGCAGGUGUGCUGGAAAACAGUGUCUCCUACCAUCACCUUCAACACACCCGUGGCAGGACCCCCUGACCCUCCCCUGGAUGUGCUGGUGGAAUGUCACCCUUCAUCAGGUCUCCUGGUGGUCAGCUGGCUCCCAGUGACCAUCGACUCAGCUGGGUCCUCCAACGGAGUCCAGGUCACUGGCUAUGCUAUAUAUGCUGAUGGGCUCAAGGUUGCGGAGGUCACCGAAGCCACAGCUGGGAGCACCGUGUUGGAAUUUUCCCAGCUCCAGCCUACCCUGAUGUGCGAGAAGGUCUCGGUGAGAACUAUGUCACUUUGUGGCGAGUCUCUGGAUUCUGUGCCAGCUCAGAUCCCUCACAACUGUUUAGCCUGUCACCAAUUGCCAGAGACUUCUCCCUUGAGGUGCACCUAUGGUGACCCAUCCACCUGCCCAGUCACCAUCCCUGUCUGCCCUCAGAGGCUGACACUAGCUUCCCUGAGCUCCAACAGCAGCCCUCACACCCCUGGACGCUGCGGGGAGAACCAGGCUGAGUUCCUAGAAGCAAUCAUUGAAGAAACCCCAAGGAGGAGGUCCCCACUGCCCAGCCUGAGUUCAGAAGGAGAAUGUCCAAGUGCGGGAUCUGACAGUCAAGCUCAGAGGCCUGAGGAGGCCUGGGAGGUCCGCAGAAAGGCCCUGCUCUUUUAGAAGAGUCCCCAGAACCACAGACUGCCUCUGCCCAGUGGCCAGUGCAGGAGGGAGGAAGACUACUACCAGCACAUGGGCACCCGACAAAGCCCUGAGUGUGGACCCAGGAAGGAACCAUAUUAGAAGGGUGCCCUUGAGAAGAUCCUCGGGCAAAAGCAACACACACAAGUGUUCACCCCUUCCCAGCUGGGCACCAGCCAACAAUAUGUGUCUGGCUUCCAUGACUUUUUGCAGGAGGAGGAGGCAGUGGGCUUUGGUCUAUGGGACACAGAGAAGCAAGGGCAGAGAAAGGAGCUUAGACCCAGAGGGAGAGGUCAGGCUCUGGGGGAUGAGAGGGAGUGCCAGCUCCAGGAGCCCAGUGCAGCCCUUUGCCCAGCUUCAUCCAGCAAAGUUAUUAAGAUGUCCAGGGGUGGCCCCCCACUGCUGGGGACAGGGGUGGAUACCCCAGUCAGGGUCUUUGUUGCCCUCUUCGAUUAUGACCCCCUGGUGAUGUCUGCCAACCCCGAGGCAGAGCUAGCCUUUGAGAAAGGGCAGCUGCUGAGACUGUGGGGCUCCCAGGACCCCCAUGGCUCCUACUAUGGAGAAUGCAAUGGGCAAGUGGGCAACAUCCCUGGGCACCUGGUGGCCAAGGUGGAAGUGGACAUGGAGAGAACUGAUGCGAGGUGGCGAGGUGGCAUUCCAGCACAAGGGCCCCUGCCUUCUGUAGCCCACCUCAAUAACUUUGCGGGGCUCACCAGCCCCCAGGGCUCCUUCCCCAUGUCCCAAGGGAACCCCAGAAGGCCCCAACUGGGGGAUCCAACAACCAUGGUGGUUGCUUUGGACUAUGACCCCAAGGAUAGGCAAACGGGACCAGGUGAAGGGCAAGUUGUCACUGAGGGCAGAGGAUGUAGCCACAGUAAGCCACAUGUACUUACUGUAGAUGACAAGGGAUUCUAUUAUGGGGAGUCAGGUGGUCAGAGGGACCUGGUCCCGGCCCACGUGCUGGACUGCAUGUCCCUCCAUGGAGAAUGAGCCAGGCUCCCUGCCUGGGAAGUGGCCUUUGGCCAUGCACACCCAGCCCAGAAGCAUCCGCACGCAUUCCUUGUGCCUCUGUAAGCAGCACUUGCUCCAGUGCUACUACGCGACACGGAGAGCAGUGCCCAGGCAUCCCCUAGCCUCUGAGAGCAGUAGGGCUUAAGUUUGAACUGAGCUGUUUCCAAAAGGAAAUAGAACAAGCAGCCACUUGAGGGCCUGACAGGCUGUUUAGGACUGUCAGUUCGCUCCUGCAGGUAUUUGCAGAAGUGCCUUUUUCCGUACUCAAUGUGGGCUUUCCUGAGACUUUAACUUAACUCGCCCAUUGUCCUGUAUAUUUGAAAAUUUCUCAAGAAAAGCCUGCCUCUUAAAAAACUAGAAGACCAGAAUGUUAUUUUUCCAUCUUGUGUUCAACCCCUCAUUAAAAUGUUCAUAGUAAAAAAAGAAAAUAUUUUAGAAGUGCAAGCACAACCAGGGAAUUAAAAGCCUGCCUCUCCUCUCUCUCUCUUCUGGCCAGGGCUGGCACGGGAUACAGACACAUUCACGGCCAAAGGGGGAGGGUGCCCCCUUACACUGCUAGCAGGGCCUCCACGGGGCCCCCAGAGCCAGGGCUGAGAAGCAGGGCCCCAAAGGCUUGGCA